GACUUGCUCAGCCUUCUUUCGAAAUUGGCGCACUGCGAUUUCCAAGGAUUGACUAAAGAUGCGUCUCAGCUUUGCAAUUGCAUGCCUGCUCGAGGCAUGCUCGGCCUUGUCCGCAGUCAAUCGUAAGGCUUGUCAACACCCAACGCGAGACCCCCUGGAUGGCUGUCCCAAGAACACGAUCCUCGUCGGCCCAGGCCAGAAAUACAGCACAGUCCAGUCUGCGAUCUUGAGUCUGCCGAACAACACCGCAGCUUCGCACAUCCUUGUUCUCCCCGGCAAUUACACCGAGCAAGUCAACGUCACUCGCGCAGGCCCCGUGUACCUCUUUGGCCAGACGAAGCACCCAAAUGACCAGAGCAAGAACAUCGUUAACAUCAUCUGGCGCAAUGCUACCGGUGCUGGCGUCACGCCCAAUAUCGACAACGCUUACACCUCCACGCUCACAGUAGCACCGACCUUCAACUCUAGUACCACUGGCAGCGGCCCUACCGGCAACCCAGUUCCAGCAGACACUCCGUUUGGCAACACUGACUUCAGAGCGUACAACCUGAACUUUGUUAAUGACUACAGACCGUAUUCUGCUGGUCCUUCGCUUGCUGUUUCAGUGAGCUAUGCCAAUACCGGAUUCUACUUCUGUGGAUUCUACUCCUACCAAGACACUGUGUAUAUCGGCAAGCUGGGAAACGCCUACUUUUACAAGAACGAGGUCGCCGGCCAAACCGACUUCUUCUAUGGCUUCGGUACUGCUUGGAUUCAAUCAAGUCUUGUCACUCUGCGUAACUGCGGCGGAGGAAUUACCGCCUGGAAAGGCACCAACACGACUUUUGUCAACAAAUACGGUGUUUACAUCCACGACUCAGUUGUCCAGAAAGCAAACUCUUCACUCGCGUUGACAGGAAAGUGCGCGCUUGGACGACCGUGGAACGCGCUGCACCGCUCCAUCUUUGCUAACACCUACCUGGACGACUCGAUAAAGCCCAGCGGUUACAUCGCUUGGAGCACCUCCGACCCUCAUCUCAGCGUCAACACCACCAUGGCUGAGUACAAGACUUACGGACCUGGCUUCAAUGCUACGGGCAGAGCCGCCGACAACGUCACUAUCGUGAUGGACAAGAAGCAGUUUGAGCCAUACUCGACAGUGGACAAAGUUUUCCAGUACCCAUUUUCCAGCAAGGGUGGAAACACAGCAUGGAUCGAUAGAGAUCCAGAACGAUAAUGGAGCUGCCCUCUUUGAGAUCUUAUUAUAAGCCAUUGCAAUCAACGCAUUCUUCA